GUCAAUUUAUUAAGUAUCAAUUUAUUCAUUUUUAAUUCAAUUUAAAAAUUAUAAAAAUUAUUUUUUUCGAUUGUCAAGAUGUUUUGUUACAAGGAAAAAUAUUGUCAUCUUUUUAUUAGUAUUUAUAUUAUUUCUGUUGUCAUUGUCAUCGAAACUAUGUCUUUAUCGUUGUCAUCUGAUGAUGUCACAGAGUCAACAACAUUUAAUCCAACUACCACUGAUGAAUAUUACAAAAGAGAAAUUAGUACAGUUAUAACAGAGAGAGAUGUGAAUGAGGUCACUGAUGAAAAAAAUACAACAACACCAAGUGUAGUAUUGCAACCAAAUAUUGCUGGUGCACUUGAUGUUGGACAAGGUCUUCUGGUACCACUCGUUCCAGUUGUUGACACAAAUGCAAAUUUAUCUCAAACAAAUCAAACAAGUCCAUUAAUGGCAAAUCUUCUUCCUGUCACUGUUAAAACUGUCGACACUCAUCCAGAGAUUCGUCGAUCGGUGAUGGACAGUUAUCAGGAUCUGGAUGUUGCUGAAGACAUCAUAUUUAGACCACUGUUUAGAUAUCGCCAAGAAGAACAACAAAAAUUAUCACAAAGAAAAAAUUAUCAACCUUAUAUUUAUCACGUGUUUGGUAUUAUUUUUUUUUAA